UUAGAUUUAGGGUGAAUACAAUAUAUUAGCCAUAACUAGAGUUGGCUAUUUGGUUUGGUCUUUUUGGUUUUACUCGAAAUCGGAUCGUAUAACUCAGAUCGAGACCGGACAGCAAACAAUCCAAUCCAAUCUUCAGGUGUAGAUUUGAGGUAAAAAAUCGUUUGGGACCGGACCAAAAAUUGAAAAAAGACCGGAUAAGAGAAGCCAAUACCCAAAAUUUAACCUCCUCACCCUUUCAGGCCUUAGGCCACUCAAAAUCCCCCCCUCAGGCAACUCAAAUCCCCAAAUACUCAAUCUAAAAUCAAGACCAAAUUGGGACCGGACCGGUUCAAGAGCGGACCGGAUCAAGACCGGACUGGAUCCAAUCUAAUCUUUGGUCCUUAUAUUCUCGAAAAGACUGGACUGGGACCGGAUCAAUUCGGGCCAAUUUCACCGAAUCGAACCGUAUAACCACCCCUAGCCACAACUAAUAUAAAGUGGGGAAUUAUAGCCACAACUAUGGAAAUUCAAAUUAUUAGUCCAUCGUUAACUCUCUGUUGACAAUUCCGUUAGUAAUGCUGACAAACUUGUAUGUUUUAAAGCUAUAAAUGAAAAGCAGUCCGACGUGGCUGCUGUUGUGGCCGAUGACGUUAAAAAUUCAAUAACAGUAACGGAGACCCUUAGAUUCAAUCUAAUAUAAUCCGGUCCUUUGCUGUUAGUUACUACCUCCAAUUCUUUUUGGUAAAAGAACUUUUUGUGCCAGAGAAAAGCAUAACCUACACCAAAGAUAAUAUAUUUACACCGUGCAGUAUAUGAUCGGCCAUGUGCAUGUAUUAAUGCAUCCCCAAAAAUUCCAUCACCUAUUCAUAUCCACGAGACUUAUUUAGAAAGGAUACAUUUUCCAAAGAAGAAUGAGUUCAUCGUAUAUCGUCACACAACAACAAUCUAUUUAUAUUGUAAACAGACACUAAGAAAACCCAUGUGCAACUACUAAUGUAAAAAUGGAAAAAAGAGAGAUCAGGAGACUAUUUCCCGCACGAAGCUGCACUUCGUUGAUGCAAAAAAACAAAUUCAGUGCACCUUUCCAGCACUUCCUUCUAAUAUGGUGAUGAUUUGGGUAAUUAACCCAAUCUCCCGCUCUAUUUAAAGAGGGCGAACCAGCGUUGAAAAAAAAAAAGGUUCACCACGCACAAUCCAUCUAAAGCUUUUCUUCUCCUAGUUUUAUACUUUUUAAUAUCACACCAUGAAUCUCAAAUUCUCGAGCCUGCUGCUGCCUUCUUCCUUCCUUGUUCUCGUGCUCAUCAUCAUGGCGACGUCGUCGUCCCCAAACCUCUUCAUCAACGCUACUGGAAAUGGACUCCGGGUCGGGUUCUACGCCCGUACCUGCCCCGACGCCGAAUCCUUGGUCCGAACCACGGUUCGGAAUGCGGUGGCUGAUGAUCCGUCCAUUGCCGCCCGCCUUCUCAGGCUCUUCUUCCACGAUUGCUUCGUGCAGAGCGACGGACCGCGCUACGAGGUUCCGACGGGAAGAAGGGACGGCAGGGUUUCCAAGCCCUCACUGGCUGCUAACCUUCCUGAAGUGGACGACUCCAUCGAGCUUCUGAAAGCCAAAUUCGAAGAGAAAGGUCUCAACGCCAAGGACCUUGUCCUCCUUACCGCGGGGGCGCACACCAUAGGGUCGGCGGCGUGCCUGUUCAUGACCAAGCGGCUGUACAAUUUCACGGGGAAGUCGGACAGCGACCCGGCCAUAAAUUCCCGCUUCCUCCGACAGCUAAAAUCGGCAUGUCCUUUGGGCCGAAGAAGGUUCGAACGGGUGCCGCUGGACUGGUCGUCGGAGUUCAAGUUCGACGACAGCAGCCUUCGGAACAUCGUCAACGGGACCGCCGUGCUCGCCUCGGAUGCGCGGCUCGCCGACGACAGCGACACCCGGCGUGCUCUGCUGUCCUAUGCUGGGCCGGCACGUGGUCAUCAGGCCGAUUUUGGGCCGGACUUCGCAGCCUCUAUGGUCAAAUUGGGCUAUGUGGGCGUUAAAAUGGGCCGCGCAGGAGAAAUACGAAGGAAGUGCGACCAGGUCAACUAACUAAAACGGCGGCGUUUUCGAUGGACUGCAGAAUAAAAAAAAUGAAAAACGGGGAGUUUAGGGACUUGGAAUAUUGACGUGGGAUUUUAAUUAUUAGUGGGUAUAAUUAAAAUGCGCGAUUGUUGUUAAGUAAGCCUAAUUGCUACGUGCUGAUCAGGAUAUUCAGAAGAAUGCAGAAAUGCUUCCCCUAUAUGGUUCUGUUAUUGUUAAUUAAGCUAUGUACAGGACUUGUGUGGUUACUGUUCAACCGUAAUUCAUGAUUAAGACGUGCUCAUUAUUAAUUGAUCUGGUUCUAGGUAUUUCGUGAACUUUUUCCUGUUUGGGUAAUUACACUUCUACCUACUACUUACCCAUAUCUGUUUGCCUAAAAAUUCUGGCUAGUUGAAAUCAGGCUGGGCCGAAGCUUUCCAACCUCUGGAAGUUUGUCGGGCUGAAGGAUUCAACGUCAUAAACCAGACAGGGCCGAUGUUAGCCCUAGGGAAAAGGAUAGCAAAACGAUAACAACCACCGAUUUACGUAGUAUCCCUGAAUAAUCAGGAUUAAUUUACGGGAGAGUGUUGAAGACUCUUCGAGCUACUGAUAGUAAUACUGUGCGUCUCGUACAUCACCUACUCGGCCACAUAUAUACAUACAUAUACAAACUCUAAUAUUUAUGUAGCAAAUAAAUAUCUUCUACAAAAAAUAAAAAUAAAAUUUUUUUUAUCUCUAAUUCCUCCUCACUCUCUUUCUCUCUCAUUCAUUCCCCCUAUUUGCUACCCUUUCUACUAUUGCCAAACAUCUAAAUGGGGCAAAUGCAUUGAAAAUUAAACUGUAUUUAACCCUUUCAUUUGCACUCCUUCCCAAAUAUAGUUUAACACUUGGG